AGCCCCCCAGCAGCCCAGGGGCUCCGUGUGUCCCCAGGGUGCCGGGAGCUGAGCUGUGGGACCCCCCCUGCUGCCAUCCCCCCCCUCCAAGAUGUCCUACUUCACUGAGCACUUCUGGGGCGAGAAGAACCACGGCUUUGAUGUGCUGUACCACAACAUGAAGCACGGGCAGAUCUCCACCAAGGAGCUGGCUGACUUUGUCCGGGAGAGGGCUGCCAUCGAGGAGAACUACGCCAAGGCCAUGGUGAAGCUGUCGAAGAUGGCAACCAACGGGACCCAGCUGGGGACCUUCGCGCCGCUCUGGGAGGUUUUCCGCAUCUCCUCGGAUAAGUUGGCUCUGUGCCACCUGGAGCUGAUGAGGAAGCUCCAGGACCUCAUCAAGGAGAUUUCCCGCUACGGGGAGGAGCAAGGACGGGUCCACAAGAAGUCCAAGGAGGAGGUGUCGGGGACCCUGGAAGCCGUUCAGCUGCUGCAGGGGGUGGCUCAGCUGCUCCCCAAAUCCCGGGAAAGUUACCACAGCAAGUGCCAGGAGUACGAGCGCCUGCGCAAGGAGGGCACCAGCCAGAAGGAGCUCGACAAGGCAGAGCUGAAGUCCCGGAAGGCGGGGGAGGCGCUGAGGAGGGCGGUGGAGAAAUACAACCUGGCCCGGGCUGACUUUGAGCAGAGGAUGAUGGACUCAGCCAUGCGUUUCCAGGAGGUGGAGGAAGCUCACCUCCGCCACAUGAAGGGGCUCAUCGGCUCCUACUCCCACUCCGUGGAGGACACCCACGUCCAGAUCGGGCAGGUGCACGAAGAGUUCAAGCAGAACGUGGAGAACAUCGGCACUGAGAUGCUGCUGCGGAGGUUUGCUGAGAGCAAGGGCACGGGGAGGGAGCGCCCAGGAGCGUUGGAUUUCGAUGAGUACCGGCUGGCCCCAGCACAGGAAGGACCCAAAAGGAGCAGGAGUAAAGCUUUCCGGAUCCCUGGGUUGAGCAGGAAGGAGAGGGAGAGGGAUGCUGGGGAAUCCCCGGACACCGAAGUGGGCUGCCCGGAGGUGGAUGAGGAUGGGUUCACCGUGCGCCCCGACGCCCCCCACACCGAAGUGGAGAACCACAUCUGCUCCUCCAGCGACUCCGACUACGACGAGGAGGAACCCCGGAAAUUUUACAUCCACAUCAAACCCGUGCAGCCCCGGGACGCUGGGGACAGCUCCGAGGCCACCGUGGAGCAGCUCAAGGCCACCGUGGGGAACCUCAUCCUGCCCCCCAGCAUCGGGGGCACCGUCAAGCGACAGUCGUCCCGGCACGUGGCAUCUGUGACCCCAGCCCCAAGCGAGCUAGACCCCGAGGGGACGCUAGCAGCAGGUGACAGUGUGGGGAGGGGGUGUCUGGCGACACAGGUGAAGAGUGGGGGGGAGUCCUCCAGCCCCUCACCGUGGACCUGCCAAGGGUCGGGGACGAGGGGGACAGAGGGUGACACACCAGCAGCUCCCCUGCCACAGCCUGAGCCGGAUGCUCCCCCCACCACCCGCUCCAGAGCAUCCCCCCGGGAGGUCCCACUCGUGGCCCCUCCUCGCCGCUCCCGUUCCAAGAGACCGGGGGCCGGGCCGGCUGCGGGCAGCAACACCGAGCUGUCACGCUCGCUGAGCCCCUCACCCUCCUGGAGCUUCGGCCCCUCGCACUCAGCCCCCCCCAGCCUGGGCGAGAGGGGCUUCUUCACCACCUCCCAGCCGGCUCUCGGGGUGUCGCGGGGUCCCAGCCCCGUGGUGCUGGGCUCGCAGGACGCGCUGCCCGUGGCCGCCGCCUUCACCGAGUACGUGCACGCUUAUUUCAAGGGACACGAUGCCGACAGCUGCCUGGUGAAGGUGACCGGGGAGGUGACCAUGUCCUUCCCCGCCGGCAUCAUCCGCGUCUUCAGCGGCCCCGCAGCCCCCCCCGUGCUCAGCUUUCGGCUGCUGAACGCCAGCGCCAUCGAGCAGUUCCUGCCCAACGCCGAGCUGCUUUACAGCGACCCCUCCCAGAGUGACCCCAGCACCCGGGAUUUUUGGCUGAACAUGGGGGCACUUACGGGGCAGCUGCAGAAACAAGCGGAGCUGAGCCCCUCCGCCUCCUACUACAACGUGGCUCUGCUCAAGUACCAGUUCUCCCGCUCGGGUCCCGGGGCGGCUCCGCUCCGGCUCUGUGCCCGCUGGGACUGCGGCCCCGGGACCACCCGGGUCACGGUGCGCUACGGGUACAACGCGGGGGCUCUGGCCCCCCCCGUGCCCCUCGCCAAUGUCCACGUCCUCCUGCCCGUGGAUGAGCCCCUCACCAACCUGCGGCUCCAGCCCCCGGCCAGCUGGAACCUGGAGGAGAAGAGGCUGCUCUGGAAGCUGCUGGAGGUGCAGGGAGGCUGUGGGCGGCUCUCAGCCAGUUGGGAGCCCCUGGGGGGGCCCAGUAAGCCCAGCCCAGUGGCCGCCCAGUUCAGCAGCGAGGGCAGCACCCUGUCCGGGGUGGAGGUGGAGCUGGCGAGCACCGGGUACAGAAUGUCCCUGGUCAAGAAGAGGUUUGCUACAGGGAUCUACCUGGCAGGGUCCUGAGCCACCUCCCCCACAGACCCCUCUGAGCCCCCCCCCGGGGCUCCCCUUUUGGUUGUGUGAAGCUGAAACACUGGAUGGAGCUCGGCUGGGGAGGGGAAAGGGGGGAGGGGGAUUUACCACCGGCUGGGAGCCCCCCCACCCCCCUAAUCAGCCAGCCCCCCCCUCCCUGGCUGUCCCCACGCUGUCACCUGCUGCCUGGCAGUCGGUGUCCCCCCCCUCCCCGUGCUGUGAAGGGAGCAGGAGCUGCUCUUUUAUUAAA